GUUAGAGGGUGACAGGGUGCCCUUUAGCCCACUCCCUGUGGUCACUGCAUGCUACCCACCCUGUGGCAUCACCUUAGCCUCCCAUCCUGGGUCAGGCAUCAGGGCAGGCACUGUCCUUCCCAAGGCAAAGGUCCCCAGCGUCCUUUAUAUAGCGGCUCCCUCCCUGCGAGCCUCUCAUUUCUUGGUCCCUCAGAGAGGGAAGGUACUGCCGCCAGGGGCCCGCGCCCUGGGAGAUGCUGGUGAUCUGGGUUCUGCCGCUGGCCCUCCAGCUCUGGACGUCCACUGUUGCUUCGACUUCAACAUCACCACCAGAGGGGUCAUACAAAACCACACUGACAGAAGCUACUACAAAUUUUUCAACUGGAUUAAAAACGACUGGCAAUUCUAUCGAUUCCAGUGGGCAUGUGUCCACGACCAGUUCAUUCAGCACCGGUUCACAACCCACAAAUGCAUCGUCCUCCAGUUCCCUUAGCACAGCACUUUCUGAGGGAUCUGCAAUCACACCAGGGAGAUCAGCUGUAUCACCAACAACAGACUCCAGGGAAGGCUCAACAUACACAGUCCCGCAUGAAGGAUCCACAAGCACUGCCCAGUGGUCACCAGCAGGAACCACAGCCACGCCCUCUGCUAGCUCCCAAACCACUGUCUGGACUGGGCCCUCCACAGCCUUCCCAAGCAGCCCUGGUUCAGCCCAGGCCACACUGCCAACACACAGCUCCCAGACCCCAGGGAAGUCUGAGGGACCCACAACCUUGCUACAUAGUCCCGCCUCAUCAUCCACAACCGUCCAAUCAGACCCCGAUCAGGUCACUGUGCUUCCUGGAACUUGGACAAUUGUUUCAAGCAGCCCGAAGUCAUUACACAGCACAGCUACCUCGGAAAUGUCCCUUUCCACGCUCCUUUCUCAAGGCUCUACCUCGUUGUACAGUGCCCUAAGUCCCACUUCCUGGGGAGUGUUGUCUGACAGUUCCUCCACUGCUAUGCUGGCUCCGGGACCUACAAGAUCCUCCCCUCCCCUCACAUCUUCAGCAUACAGCACUGCUGCUACUGCGAGCUCCCUGAACACGGUUGUGCACAGUGAUUCCACAGCCUUCCCAGGCAGCCCAGUUUCCGUAGGCCCGACACUGAUGUCUGACUCAGCCCCACCCACAGUCUCUGAAACUGCUUCUUCCGCUUCUUAUUCGGAGUCUUCCUCUUCCUUCUUGACAGUCUCUGACCAUUCUGCUAUCCCACUUUCCUCUAGCUUUUCUCCUCUUCCCUACUCUGCCACUGCUCACUCUACCCAGUCCCCACUUUCAGGUCUCAGCAGCAGAUCCACUGUGCAGUCUGUGUCCACCACCACCCACUCCACUGCCCAUGCUGUGACUUUGUCAGCAAUGUCAUGCUUCCACGGGGGAUCUUGGAACGGAAACAGUUGCACCUGCAGACCUGGCACCACGGGUCGGAAGUGCGAGUACCUCGUGUACUCCUUCUUCAUAGACCCCCCAGAAGUAAUCAACGGGAUUGUCCCUAUGAAAGUGAAAGUGAUUUACAGGAAUUUCACAGAAGACCUGAAGAACAAAUCCUCCUUGAUGUACCUGAGGUUCACUGAUGAAUUCAAGAAGCGGAUGAAUGAAGUGUUCAACGACUCCACCCUCCCCCAGUACAAAGAGGUGAUCAUCACGGAUCUGGCCAAUGGCAGCAUCGUGGUGAAAAGUGAUGUCGUCCUGGAGACAAACUACAUCCCACAGUAUAAGGCACUGUUCCGCAACCUCACAAGGAUCGUGAGGGCCAAAAUCAUGAAUGAAACCAGUACAGUUGAGGAUGACAUAGUCAAGUGUCAAGUCUCCAAACUGUGCUACAACAGUAUUGACACCACUGUGGACGAGGCCAUAGUGCAGACGACCUUCGACCCGCAGGAACAAUGUAUCCAGAAGGCUGCAGAAGGCUAUGGCCAGUACUACUAUGCAGAGGAGCUGAACGGGCAGCUGACCUGUGUGACCAGGUGCACCCCGGGUUGGAAAGACUACCUCAACUGCAACCUGGGCGAGUGCCAGCUGCAGCGCAGUGGCCCCCACUGCCUAUGCCCGAACACAGACUCGCACUGGUACUGGGGAGAGACCUGUGAGUUGAAUAUCAGCAAGAGCCUUGUGUAUGGGCUGGUGGGCGUUGUGUUGGCGGUACUGGUGAUCGUCGUGCUGACUUUGGCUGUCUUCCUCAGCCGAUCCCAGAGGAGACUUCACAGCCAAGAGUACAACCUGUCUCAAGAGUGGCGGAAGGAAGGUAUCCCCGGCAGCUUCCAGAACAAGGGCGUCUGGGAAGACCGGAACCUGCAGGACAGAUUCAGCCUGGAGAACGCCUACAGCCGCUUCCAGCCCUCGCUGGGGACCGUCAACCCCGCCGCAGAGCUCCACUUUCAGAGGCCAGAGGUGGUGAAGACCACUCGGUGAGAUGGCCCGAGGAUCCCACCCCUCGUGUAGAUCUGGACCAGAGAGUGACCGAGGGCCCACUAUGAACGCCCCUGGCUGGCCAAGAGGAAAGCGGUGCCGGGCCCUGUGGCCCUGCAAGUCCGUGCACAGGUGACGGAUUGGCCUGUGGUCUCCUGCUGCGGCCUGCUGCAAAGGCCGUGGGGGCUGUGAGUGGUUCUGUCUGCUCCUUCACCUUCACGUCCUGCCCAGGAGCCCGAGAAUACCAGAACCUUUGGCAUCUUUGUUCGCCCUCGGGCUUCUCCCCACUGUGGAAUUUCCUGGAGAAUAAAAGCAACUCUUAAACAGCA